ACAGUUGGAGUUGGAGUCAUCAUCACCAUAGGAUGGGACGCUAGCUGCCUGUGCUAAUUUAAAGCCUUGUUUUGUUACCCAAAACAGUUGAAUGGCCCGGUGCUACUGUCGCUGGCGUAGAGUUCUGAUCUGCGUGUGCAGUCCAUGCAUCUGCCUGAUCCUGCUGGUUCUUUACGCAGGCAUCAUGGUUUGUACGGACAUGAACCGGAAAACACGGCAACUCAGCGUGGAUUCGAUACGUUCCCUGCAAAACAAACAUUUCGUUGCUUCGGGAAGUUUUAAAAGUAACACUUUCGCCUCCUUGCCGAAAAGUUUCUGGAAAUUCCAUGAAGAAGCUUUUUGGAAUCGACUCCAAGUGACAAUCGACCGGCAUUUUAACCCUAUCCUGAAAGCAUCCAAAACCGGGACAAGGAUUCGGAAUGAUUCGUUUUAUGAUUCUCUUUUAAGUCACAGCUUCUCUGAUGUGAUGGACUUGGAGAUCAUGAAAAAAAAAAUCGAACUUCUACCAAAACAGAUGCAAGACUUUGUUCGUUACAUGAAACGAAGAAACUACCCCGUUGUUAUCCAACCUUCAAGUUCUACCUGCGGAGCAGGCUCGGAGAACCACAAGGAACCUCCGUUGCUUCUUCUCGCUAUUAAAUCCACGGAGUUGAACUUCAAAAACCGUCAAGCGAUUCGACAAACUUGGGGGCAAAUAGGAUGGGUGGUUGCACGCAGGAAGAACGGCACCAAACAGGAAGUCGGAGGGUAUAUCCGUCGGGUGUUUCUCAUCGCUAGAGACAACUUCAGCAACGUUGGUGUAGAUGUUUCCAAGUUACUACAAAUGGAGGCUCAAUUUUAUGGAGAUAUUCUACAGUGGGACUUCAGCGACACUUUUUUCAACCUCACCUUGAAGGACGUUCUCUUCUGGAAUUGGUUCUCCAAACGUUGCGGAGAGACUCGUUUCAUUUUUAAAGGCGAUGAUGACGUAUUUGUGAACCUCCCGAACAUCAUCGCUUACCUCCAUGAGCAGCUGGAGAAACCAAAUGCGGAACAAACCAUGAAAGAAUUCAUGGUGGGUGACGUCAUCGGAGCAGCUUCUCCGAAUCGACUCUACCACUCAAAGUACUUUGUACCGGAUAGUUUCUACAAGGGUCUUUACCCGACAUACGCGGGCGGCGGCGGAGUGAUCUACUCAGGCCGUCUCGCCGAACGUUUACACGACGUCUCCAGAAGAGUCCAUCUCUUCCCGAUCGAUGACGUUUUUGUCGGGAUGUGUAUGGCUCGACUCAACGCGUCUCCCGUUCACCAUGCGGCUUUUUUGACCUUUGACUUUCCUAAGAAGGAAGAGGCGGAGCCGUGUGCGUAUCACACGAUCCUAUUGGUUCAUAAACGGAGCCCAACGCAACUGAUUGAAUUGUGGGAUCACAUGACCAAGACGAGGGAACAAUGUUGGAAUGUUCCAUUGAGGUUUUCAGACCAGAAGAAAAAUGCAGAAAAUGAGGGAAAAAAACAUGACUAAAUAAUAAAUA